CAAAGUUGAUCCAGAAAGUUCUCAUGCAUGAUCUCAUUUAGCGACAAUCUUGUAAUUUUUUUGCUCAAAAUGUAGUUACUGAAUUUUUUAUUUUUUUUAUUUAUAAAUGUUCUGAAGAAAAAUGUGCAACCAUUUCGACAUUGCAUUGCAUUCUGUGAUUUGCCCAGAAGAAAAGACAUUGCCUUGCAUUCUCUUAGUAGGCCAUUGUGUUCUUUUGGGGUCAUUAGAGACGGAAUGCUGAUGGGUGGGUGAUCGUCAAUUUGUGACUUUUGCCGAUUUCUCUAUCUGGGUUUCAGGGCACACCUGACCCUAGAUAUAACACACAAGAGAUGAAGAGUCCAAGUUCACAGCUACAUAGUGCUGCAAUAUUUCCAUCUCCAGCUUUUUUAUGGAGGUUCAAGGUACUACUUUUCAUGAUAUGGGGAUUCAGUUGUUGCAAGAUUGGAUGGGAUUCUGUCAUGAGGAUGAGUGCAGAUUUGCGUAAUUUGUUCUUAUAUGAGGUGUUUUUGUAUUAUAACCCUCUCCUCAUAGUGACCUUGAUGGUUUGGGUCUGGGGAGUUAACUUAUGGGUUUUUUCACAGUCCAAUGUUGGUUAUGCACAAAUAUUUGAUCUUGAUCAAAAUCAUCUCACUCACAAAGAAAUAUGGAAGUGUAGCACUUGGAUGACAAUCACUGUCCCUACUAGCAUGACCGCGUACCUUUAUUUUUACUCCAAUGGAAAUGUAUCAUUGGCAGCAUUACAACCAGUAUCCCUGUAUAUUGCUGUUGCUAUGGUUCUGAUAUCCCCCUUUGAUAUUUUCUAUUUGUCAUCUCGUUACUUCUUGUUAAGGACACUAUGGAGGAUAGCUCUUCCAUUGCAGGCAAUAUCAUUUCCCGACUUUUUUUUGGCUGAUAUCCUUACUUCUAUGGCAAAGGUGUUUUCUGAUUUGGAACGUUCAGUUUGUAGAAUGGUUCAUAGGCAGGUUGCCACUAUCGCAUGGCUUGAAGCUGAUUCAGUUUGUGGCAGCCACUCAAUUGCAAUCCCUCUAGUGCUUGUUUUUCCUUAUCUUUGCCGUUUAUUUCAAUGUCUUCGUCAAUUCAAGGAUACAAAAGAAAAGACAACCCUUUUCAAUGCUUUAAAAUAUUCGACUGCGGUCCCGGUGAUUUUUCUUUCGGCCCUUAAAUAUCAUGUCUUCCCUGAUAGGUGGACAAAUUUCUACUCCCCACUUUGGCUUCUGUCAAGUGUUGUUAACUCCCUCUAUUCCUUCUACUGGGAUAUAGCUCGAGAUUGGGACUUGAGUGGUUUCUCUCGGAUUUUCAAGUUCAGCAGAUCGAGUAUGCUUUCGAACAUGUUCUAUGGACGAAAAUGGGUUUAUUUCUGGGUAAUAGGAAGCAACCUGGUUCUGCGAUGCACAUGGACGUACAAAUUGUCUUCUCAUCUCCGUCACAACUACUUGACGGUGUUUACAAUCACUGCAUUGGAGAUUCUUCGGCGCUUUCAAUGGAUAUUUUUUCGGGUUGAAAAUGAGUGGAAUAAGAUUAGCAGGUCAAGCCUUGAUCAGCUUCUUCCCAUGACUGGCAUCCAAGAGGAAGAAGAGAUGUUAAUUGAAACCAACAACCACAUUGUAUAGUGUAUUUAGCAACAAAUUUCAACCUUGAGUUUCUUUUCUUUGAUUCUAAGCUUAGGUUAGCUAACAUCAUACUUCCAAGUUCCAACUUAACUCUCAAGCCAUCACAAUUACAUUUCUAAAGCACAAGUU